AUGGCCCAAACAUCCUUCUCUUCCACACCAUCCCCCAAAACCGCCCUCGUCACCGGUGCGAGCGGCUACAUCGGCUUGCACAUCGUCAACACCCUCCUUGAGGAGGGCUGGACGGUGCAUGGCACAGUCCGCAGCCUGCGUGAUGAGCGCAAGGUGCAGCCGCUGCGUGAUGUCGCUGAGAAAUAUCACGCGCAGGACCGGAUGCGCCUGUUCGAGGCCGAUCUCCUCACACCCGACUCAUUCCUCGAGGCGAUGAAGAGCUGCGACGUGGUCUUCCACGUUGCUUCCCCCUUCUUCGCGCCCGAGAAGGUGAGGGACCCGCAGAAGCAGCUUGUUGAGCCUGCUCUGGAAGGGACGAGGAAUGUGUUGAACUGCGUGGAGAAGACAGAGUGUGUGAGGAGGGUUGUGUUGACGUCUUCAGGUUGGUAUACUCAAGCCUCUUCAAGAAACAUGUCUCGGAGCUUGCUAACAUCCGAUCGAGUGGCUGCCACGUUUGGCGAUAAUGCCGACGUGCUACAAUACCCUAACCAAACCCUCACCGAAGACAAUUGGAACACCACAAGCACCUUGCAGCACAACCCCUACCAAUACUCCAAGACCCUCGCCGAGAAAGAAGCCUGGAAACUCGCAUCUGCCCAGUGCCGCUGGGACCUAGUCGUCAUUUGCCCCGGCCUAGUCCUCGGGCCCUCCCUCACCCCAGCAUCCUCCUCUGGCAGCCUGGACCUCCUCGACCAAGUUCUUCGCGGUCUCAUGGUGGUCGGUGCUCCUGACCUGUCCUUCGCGAUCGUCGACGUGCGCGACGUUGCACUGGCGCACGUGCGCGCGGCUACGGUACCCGAGGCCCAUGGGCGGUACAUCGUGGCUGACGGCAAGCUCACCAGCGUGUUGGAGGUCGCGCGGUGCUUAAAGAAGGUGGCCAAGUGGCCGCAGCUGUUGCCGUCGUGGGUCCUGCCGCAUUUUGUGUUUAGGAUGGUGGCGCCGCUGAUGGGGCUGUCAAUGCGGUGGGCGGAUCUAAACCAGGGGGUGGUGUUUAGGGUCGAUAAUGAGCGGGCGACCAGAGAGUUGGGAAUUAACUAUCGGCCAGUUGAGACGACGCUGGAGGAGCACUAUCGCGCGUGGGCGGGGGAGAUCUAA